AUGGAAACCAAUUUGGGGUUAGUUGCUGGCUCUCACAAUAACAAUGAAUUCAUUAUCAUACGUCAAGAUGGUGACUUUGCUAGGAAAGAGUUGCAAGAGUUAGAUGGUAAAACAUGCCAACUAUGUGAAGAAGAGAUAAAGGUUAAUGAAGAAGGUGACCCCUUUGUGGCUUGCAAUGAGUGUGCUUUUCCAGUUUGUAGAAAUUGUUAUGAGUAUGAACGUAGAGAGGGAAACAAAGUAUGUCCUCAAUGCAAAACAAGAUUUAAGCGUCUCAAAGGGUGUGCUAGAGUUGAAGGGGAUGAAGAGGAGGAUGGAAUUGAUGACAUGGAGAAUGAAUUUGAUUUUGAUGAAAGAAAUAUUGAUGAACAAGAAAUGCAAAUCAUCUUGGAUCAUGAGGGUGAGGAAGUAUCUGAAGAGCAUCAUGCUAUAGUUCCUUUAAAUUCAACCAUGAAAAAAGAGAUAACUUUAUUGCAAGCAAGACCAAUGGAUCCUUCCAAGGACUUAGCUUCUUAUGGCUAUGGAAGUGUUGCAUGGAAGGAGAGGAUGGAGAUAUGGAAGCAAAGACAAGACAAACUUGGUAAUAUGAGAAAAGAAAAUAAUUAUGAUAAGGCUAUGGUUGAUGAUAAUGAAUUUCCUUUAAUGGAUGAAUCAAGGCAACCAUUGUCAAGGAAGUUAGCAAUUCCAUCAAGUAAAAUAAAUCCUUACCGUUUGAUCAUAAUAUUGAGAGUAGUUGUUAUUGGUUUCUUCUUUCACUAUAGAAUAAUGCAUCCAGUUGAGAAUGCUUAUGCUUUGUGGGUUGUGUCACUAAUUUGUGAGAUUUGGUUCACUCUUUCAUGGAUUCUUCAUCAAUUCUCAAUGUGGUUUCCUGUCACUAGACAAACCUAUCUAGACAGACUUUCCUUAAGGUAUGAAAAAGAAGGUGAACAAUCACAACUUUGUCCAAUUGAUAUAUUUGUGACAACAAUGGAUCCAUUAAAAGAGUCUCCUCUAGUGACAGCAAACACAGUUCUCUCAAUUCUAGCUAUAGAUUACCCUGUUGAAAAGGUUUCAUGUUAUGUUUCUGAUGAUGGAGCUGCAAUGUUAACAUUUGAAGCUUUAUCUGAAACUUAUGAAUUUGCAAGAAAAUGGGUUCCUUUUUGUAAGAAAUUCAACAUUGAGCCUAGAGCUCCAGAAUGCUAUUUUGCUGAGAAAAUUAAUUAUUUAAAUGAUAAAGUUCAUUCAUCAUUUGUGAAAGAGAGAAGAGCAAUGAAGAGAGAAUAUGAAGAAUUUAGAGUUAGAAUGAAUUGUCUAGUUGCAAAGGCUAAGAAGGUUCCAGAAGAAGGGUGGACAAUGCAAGAUGGAACACCAUGGCCAGGAAAUAAUAUUAGUGAUCAUCCAGGAAUGAUACAGGUAUUUUUAGGAGAAAAUGAAGGAUAUGACAUGAAUGGAAAUGAAUUACCAAGGUUGGUAUAUGUUUCUAGAGAAAAAAGGCCUAACUUCAAUCACCAAAGAAAAGCAGGAGCUCUAAAUGCAUUGGUUAGAGCCUCUGCAGUGCUUUCCAAUGCACCUUUUGUGUUGAACUUAGACUAUAAUCAUUGCAUCAACAAUAGCAAGGCUAUAAGAGAGGCUAUGUGUUUCAUGAUGGAUCCAUUAUUAGGAAAAAGGGUUUGCUAUGUUCAAUUCUCUCAAAGAUUUGAUGCUAUUCACAGUAAUGACCAAUAUGCCAAUCAAACAAAUUCAUUUGUUGAUAUAAACAUGAAAGGUUUGGAUGGUAUCCAAGGACCUACAUAUGUUGGAACAGGAUGUGUAUUUAGAAGACAAGCACUUUAUGGUUUUGAUGCUCCAAGGAAAAAGAAGUCACCAAACAAGACAUGUAAUUGUUGGCUAAAGUGUUGUUGUGGAUUGUGUUGCAUGGGAAAAAGGAAGAAGAAGAAGUUGAAGAAAUCUAAGAUUGAGAUAAUGGAAGGUAGUCAUAGAAAAAAAGAAGUACAUUCUCAAUCAUCUAUUGAUGGGAGUAUUAAAGGAAAUGAAGAUGUGUUGGUUUCAAUCUCAAGUCAGAAGUUUGUCAAGAAAUUUGGACAAUCUCCUAUUUUCAUUGCAUCUACUCAAUUGUUGGAUGGUGAGACACUAAAGAAUGGUAGUCUUGCUUCUCAACUUACAGAAGCCAUACAUGUCAUUAGUUGUGGCUAUGAAGAGAAAACAGAAUGGGGAAAAGAGGUUGGAUGGAUCUAUGGUUCAGUUACAGAAGAUAUAUUAACAGGUUUCAAAAUGCAUUGUCAUGGAUGGAGAUCAAUAUAUUGUAUACCUAAAAGAAAUGCAUUUAAAGUAUCUUCCCCAACAAACCUUUGUAAUGGGCUACAACAAGUGUUUAAAUGGGCCCUUGGAUCCAUUGACAUAUUAAUGAGUAAACAUUGUCCUAUUUGGUAUGGAUAUAAAGGAGGAUUAAAGUGGUUAGAGAGAAUUUCUUACAUAAAUGCUAUUGUUUAUCCAUUGACAUCAAUACCUUUGGUGGCUUAUUGUACCCUUCCUGCUGUUUGCUUGCUUACUGGAAAAUUUAUCAUUCCUGAGCUCAAUAAUACAGCUGGCAUGUGGUUUAUUUCUCUUUUCAUUUGCAUUUUCUCAACAAGUGUACUAGAAAUGAGGUGGAGUGGAGUUACAAUUGAUGAAUGGUGGAGAAAUGAGCAAUUUUGGAUAAUUGGGGGUGUAUCAGCAAAUUUAUUUGCUGUAUUUGUUGGGCUAUUCAAACUUAUAACGGGUGUAAAUAGCAACUUCAUAGUAACAUCAAAAUCAAGAGAAGAUGAAGAGAAGGAACAUAAUGAGAUGUUUGGUUUGAAAUGGACAACAUUACUAAUCAUACCAACAACAUUACUUAUAUUAAACAUAAUUGCUAUGGUUGCUGGAGUGUCACAUGCAAUUAACAAUGGUUUUGUGUCAUGGGGCCCUUUAUUUGGGAAACUAAUUUUUUCCUUUUGGGUGAUUCUUCAUUUGUAUCCAUUCCUUAAAGGUAUGUUAGGUAGGAAUAAUAGGACUCCUACCAUUGUUCUUGUUUGGUCAAUCUUGCUUGCAUCAUUGUUCUCUGUUUUGUGGGUGAAAAUUGAUCCAUUUUUGCCUAAAACAAAUGGCCCAAUUUUAGAAGAAUGUGGAUUGGAUUGCAAUUAGAUACUAAAUUUGGUUAUUAUAUAGUAGAAGUGAUAGAAAAAAAUAUUUUUUGUUUGGUUGUGGGUUGCAAGGAAGAUUGUAUUAUUUAUUUGUAAUGGUUGAUUUACUUGAUUGGAAGAGUUCAAUUUUGGAUUUGCAUGACA